AUGGAUGCACAGAGUUCAGCCAAAGUCAACACAAGAAAGAGGAGGAAAGAGGCACCUGGACCCAAUGGGGCAACAGAGGAAGAUGGGAUUACUUCCAAAAUGCCUCGCUGUGCAGUUGGCUUACGGCAGCCAGCUCCUUUUUCUGAUGAAAUUGAAGUAGACUUUAAUAAGCCCUAUGUCAGGGUAACUAUGGAAGAAGCCAGCAGAGGAACUCCUUAUGAGCGGCCUGUGAGAGUUUAUGCAGAUGGAAUAUUUGACUUAUUUCAUUCUGGUCAUGCCCGGGCUCUGAUGCAAGCAAAGAACCUCUUCCCUAAUACAUACCUCAUUGUGGGAGUUUGCAGUGAUGAGCUGACGCACAACUUCAAAGGCUUCACGGUGAUGAACGAAAAUGAGCGCUACGACGCAGUGCAGCACUGCCGCUACGUGGAUGAGGUGGUGAGGAACGCCCCCUGGACCCUGACUCCAGAGUUCCUGGCAGAGCACCGGAUUGAUUUUGUGGCCCAUGAUGACAUCCCUUAUUCUUCCGCAGGAAGUGAAGAUGUUUAUAAGCACAUUAAGGAAGCAGGCAUGUUCGCUCCAACACAGAGGACAGAAGGCAUCUCUACAUCAGACAUCAUCACCCGAAUUGUCCGGGACUAUGAUGUGUAUGCCAGACGGAACCUACAGAGGGGCUACACGGCAAAGGAGCUCAAUGUCAGCUUUAUCAACGAGAAGAAAUACCAUUUGCAGGAACGGGUUGACAAAGUAAAGAAGAAAGUGAAAGAUGUGGAAGAAAAGUCAAAAGAAUUUGUUCAGAAGGUAGAGGAAAAAAGCAUUGACCUCAUUCAGAAAUGGGAGGAGAAAUCCCGAGAAUUCAUUGGAAAUUUCCUGGAAAUGUUUGGUCCGGAAGGAGCAUUGAAACACAUGCUGAAAGAGGGGAAAGGCCGGAUGCUGCAGGCCAUCAGCCCAAAGCAGAGUCCCAGCAGCAGCCCCACUCGAGAGCGCUCCCCCUCCCCCUCUUUCCGAUGGCCCUUCUCCGGCAAGACUUCCCCUUCUUCCUCCCCAACAAGCCUCUCCAGGCACAAGGCUGCAGCCUAUGAUAUCAGCGAAGAUGAAGAAGACUAA